AUGAUGUCCUCUUAUGAUAAUAUUACAAAUGCAGAAUACUGGGCUGUACUAAGUAUUUAUAUUAUAGUGGAAAGAGUGUAAUGCAAAAAGAAAAUUAAAUACCCUGAAAAUGUACGGAAAGAGAAAAAACAGAGAGGAUGAGAGAGAUUCAAAGAUAAUUUUCUAUCUGAGAGUUGUAGAUUCUAUAACAAUUCAAGGCAGAGAUUUAGAGAGAGAAGUAAAUGAAUGCUUAGAAUUUAAGAAUAUACUACUGAAAUAGCGACAGAGGUUGCUAUGUAAACAUGAUAAGAAGAGAAUGGAGAUUGGGGUGAGAAUAUAUUAAUAUUCCCAAUAAUAUUCAGUAUGA